AUGGCAGUUACCUUGAACAAUAUCAAGUUUUAUCAUCCGCCUUCCCUCCCUGCCCGCCCAAUGAAGAGCACAUAUCCUAAUCAUCAGCACCCUUCGUUUUCUCAUCACUCAUCAGGAAAACCCGAUCCUACCCCUUCGACGCACUCCAAUUCCCCCUUCCCCUCGUUCUCACAACCACUGCUGCGUCACUCUCUUCCUCCCCGUCCACCAACUAUUGUUCCCUCCAGUCGUUCCGCAUCUGAGACUCUACACAUUUCAUCCAAAUUAUCUUCAGCCAAUUCUCUUCCCGUGCACGAGAAUGAUUUCGACCGAGCACUGGAUGAAUUCCUUUCUGCUAAAAAUGGCAAGGAAAAUAGCGAUCGAGAGUCGCCGAAUCGUGUCUCUACACAAGAACAAGGAAUUGACGACCUUCUCCAUGCGAUUUCGCCUGAUCCAGAGAAGUCAAGUCAAGUGGCUGCUGACUUGCCGUCGUCUAGCAUCACCGCACAAAACCCCCUAGAGUCACCGGCGGACGGGAAGCCUACGCAGCCAAUCACAGGAGAUGAAUCACAGCCACAGGAAGAGCUCAAUAAUCUCGCGUCCGCAGCAUCAAUGGAUCCAUCGCCGGAAUUCUGCACGUCUGCACCGCAUACAUUAACGUCUAGUGUGACCAAUGCUGAUUCGACGGGUACGGCCAUACAGGACCCCGCACCGGAAUCGUCCAUUGUCAAUCGAGAACCUUCAAAUACUCCGCGUUCAAGCAGAGUUCGGAAUCACAGCUCAGAGUCCGGCAAAAGCUCCCAGAGAAAUGAGAGCACCGACUUGCAGGGAGCUUCAGGAGAUUCACAGGGCGCCAGUUCAUGUCAAUUAGGGGAAUCAUCAGAUCGAAAGAGAAGUCCGUCAGCGCGUUUGUCCUGCCCGUCAACUCCGCUGGUCGUGAGCCCAGGUCCGUCUCGUUCCGUUUCAUUGCGGAGAAAGUCCUGUCGGCGGGCCUCUGGUUAUUCGCACGGCUCCGAUUGGAUCGCCGAAGACUCUCAUGAAUCGGACUCGGCUCCCUCUGAUGAUGAGAACGACAUAGACUACUUAGAUACCUCCGAGAUAGAGGAAGCCGGCGAGAGCUUGCCCCCAUCUAAGCGUCGUCGGAGAAGUUUGGAUGAAUCUUCAUCCACUUCUCGAGGAAUACCCAGACAGUUAUCUGCCGAGCCUCCACGUGCUGAGCGGCCAGAGUCACCGCCAGAAUAUUUGAGCGCAGAGAGUGAGCCGAUUCCCGUCCAAGGUUUCCUCCGAUUACGAUCUAGUGGAGCCGAGGUCAAGUACUGCUUAGAGCUGUCACAGACGGAUUUUUCGUCAUUGUUCACAGGCGGACAAAGAGAAUCUCGGCCACGGCAGCGGACAGCUCAUUCCGCGAGAAGGGCUCGAUUCACGCCUGAGGAGGAUGCAUGCAUUAUUGCUUUAAAGGCCAAAGAGCUCAGGUGGGAUGAGAUCGAGGAUCUAUUUGCGCAGCGAUUCCCAUACCGAAAAAAAUUGUCCCUGCAGAUGCGCUAUUAUACUAAAUUGAAGGAGUCAACGAACGAAGCAUGA